AAAAUCAAUUUCACUAAUUAUAACUAUACAAAUAUAUAUUGGAUGUACAAGUACAUAAGUAAAAUUAAAAUUAUAUAAAUAUAUAGUUAUGAUUAAUGUAAAUUAUCCAUUUUUUAUGUGGAUAUAAAAAUCUGAUCCUGUGUAUAAAGCGCAGAAGUUACCUAUACAUCUUGAUUUUGUCCACCUAGCAGCAUGUGGUGCGCUUUAUUCUUUUUGGUCAUAAACUUCGUUUUCACACGUUCAGGGAUGGGCCUGCAGGUUUUUCAUGCAACAAAAUGAUGAACUUUCCCACGCUUUUCAACGCCUCAAUUAACGCCCAUGCUUCAUAAAUUAAAUCCUGUGACUUAUAUAUUGAAAAUUUCAGUUCACUUCAGCAGAGCUCAAUGUGAACUACGCGAUACUACCUCUCCUUUUUGCUUCUUCUACCAUUCCAGAAAUCUCUGAGACAAGUUCUUAGAACCAUCAAAUGCCCUUGAUCUUCUUUAACAAAAUCCGAAUCCUCAUUUGAGAGUUUGUCUUAGGUAUCUUGAAUUUUUAUGUUGUCCUUGAGGUCUUCCUCAACUGAACAUCUUAUACCGCGAUAAUUUCAGAGUACACCUUCAGGUUCUUCAAAAUUCAGAGCCAGUUAGUAGAACCAAAUGAGCAAGUCUUUGCUUUUAGGCUUUUACAUCACGGUAUCCUGCCUCGCUUUUGUCAUAUCCAAGAUCAUUAUCUCAGUCCUCCUCUACAAAAGAUGGAAAAGAAAGCACAUGAUUCAUGAAGAAGGCUAUGCAGGUGGGAAGAUAGUAAUCUUUAGGUCUUCAGUUCUGCAGUCUCUUGAAUCUGAUACGAUCUUGAAGAAGAUGAUGAACCUAAAUAAUAUGGAGGUCAUUGGAUGUGGUGGUUAUGGGACGGUUUAUAAACUGAAAAUAGAUGACUCAAAAGCUUUUGCAGUGAAAAGACUGAACAGAGGAACUGCAGAUAAAGGAUUUGAGAGAGAGCUGGAAGCAAUGGCAGACAUAAAACACCGCAAUAUUGUAACUCUUCAUGGAUAUUAUACUGCUCCAUAUUACAACCUCCUCAUAUACGAGUUGAUGCCAAACGGAAGUUUGGAUAAUUUCCUCUACGGAGCACCAGAGAAGAGGAAAACUUUGGACUGGUCAUCAAGAUACAGAAUAGCUAUAGGAGCUGCUAGAGGAAUAUCUUAUCUUCACCAUGAUUGCAUCCCUCACAUAAUCCACAGAGAUAUCAAGUCAAGCAAUAUAUUGUUGGACGAAAACAUGGAGGCUCGAGUUUCUGAUUUUGGAUUAGCCACGUUGAUGGAACCUGACAAAACCCAUGUUUCCACAAUUGUGGCUGGAACUUUUGGAUACUUGGCUCCUGAAUACUUCGAUACAGGAAGAGCAACGUUCAAGGGGGAUGUCUACAGCUAUGGAGUUGUACUACUGGAGCUUUUAACAGGGAGAAAACCCAGUGAUGAAACAUUUAUGGAAGAAGGAACGAAGCUCGUCACAUGGGUGAAGGCUGUUGUUCAAGAAAAGAAGGAGGAACUAGUUCUCGAUGAUAGGCUAGGGACGUGUCCAAUGCAAGAAGUUAACAAUUUGUUCAAUAUUGCCAUGAUGUGUCUUGAAUCCGAUCCCUUGAAGAGGCCAACAAUGGAAGAAGUUGUCAGCUUGCUUGAGCAAACGAAGGCGGACAAACUUGCUACAGCUUACUGAUGUUCACUUGAAGACUAAAUCAGCAUACCAGCCUAACAUAAUUUCAAGAUAAUUAUGUUCACCUGGAAUGUUGUUCACAAAACAUAAACUGACACGCCCUCCAAAUUUAAUUUAUACAGGAACACCCUCUAUUGACAUAACUGUUAACGGAGCUUAUACUCUG